GAACGGCGUUGAGUUCGUUAGAUCAACUCCAACGCCUAUAUAUUUAGAGAGAUAAAAAAUAAUAUGGUAAUAGUACUUAGUAUAUAUCCAUAUUUCCAUGGCAUGACAGCUUCUGUAUUCAGAUUAAGCAGAAAAGAAGUACUCCUACUAUGAAGACGGCUCUUUUGCUUGCUCCUCCUCCUCCUACUUUUUCGUUUUCAACCUAACCCUGAUGGAGCCGCGUGUCGGAAAUAAGUAUCGCCUUGGUCGGAAAAUUGGCAGCGGAUCGUUCGGCGAGAUCUAUCUAGGGACUAAUAUACAGACCAAUGAAGAAGUUGCAAUUAAGCUUGAAAAUGUGAAGACAAAGCAUCCUCAGUUACUUUAUGAGUCAAAGUUGUACAGAAUUCUGCAGGGAGGAACUGGAAUUCCAAAUGUGAGAUGGUUUGGAGUUGAGGGUGACUACAAUGUUCUCGUCAUGGAUUUGCUUGGCCCAAGCCUUGAGGACUUAUUCAAUUUUUGCAGUCGGAAACUUUCUCUAAAGACUGUCCUUAUGCUGGCAGACCAAAUGAUCAAUCGUGUUGAAUUUGUUCAUUCAAAGUCAUUUUUACACCGAGAUAUCAAGCCAGACAAUUUUCUUAUGGGCUUAGGACGCCGUGCUAACCAGGUUUACGUCAUAGAUUUUGGUCUGGCUAAGAAAUAUAGAGACACUUCAACCCACCAGCACAUACCGUACAGAGAGAACAAGAAUUUGACCGGAACUGCUAGGUACGCAAGCAUGAAUACUCACCUUGGAAUUGAACAAAGCAGGAGGGAUGAUUUGGAAUCUCUUGGAUAUGUUCUUAUGUAUUUCCUCAGAGGAAGUCUUCCAUGGCAGGGACUGAAAGCAGGUACCAAGAAACAGAAGUACGAGAAAAUCAGUGAAAGAAAGGUUUCUACAUCCAUUGAGGCCUUAUGCAGGGGUUACCCAACUGAGUUUGCUUCCUAUUUCCAUUAUUGUCGGUCACUUCGUUUUGAGGAUAAACCGGAUUAUGCUUAUCUGAAGCGAAUAUUCCGUGAUCUUUUCAUUCGUGAAGGCUUCCAGUUCGAUUAUGUUUUUGAUUGGACAAUUUUAAAAUAUCAACAGUCUCAGAUUGCUGCACCACCUUCUCGGGCAGUUGGUCCUAGUGCGGGAACAAGCUCAGGAAUGCCACCUGCUAUACCCAACAUUGAAAGGCAACAAGGUGAAGAAGAUGGAAGACAAGCUGGAUUUUCUUCAGCAGAUCCUUCACGACGAAGAAGUUCUGGUCCACUCUUAAAUGUCGGGAGUUUAUCUAAGCAGAAGAGCCCAAUUGCAAAUGAUUCAACAAGCAAAGAAGUCGGGUUAUCAAGCUCUGCCUAUUUGGGAAGAUCAAGUGGAUCAUUGAGAAGAGGUGCUAUAGCCGGUAGCCGUGAAACAUUCACUGCAGGAAAUGAUUCUGAUCCUACUCGAUCUCGUACACCUGAGGCUAGUCCAGGGACGGCACAGAAAAUCUCUAGCGGACAAAGGACCUUGCCCCUUGGUGGAUCCUCAGACCCCAGGCACACUUCAUCUGGCAAAAACAAUUCUGGUGUAAAAAACUUUGAGUCCACUCUCAAGGGCAUUGAGAGCCUGCGCUUUGAUGAUUAAUAGAUGGUUCAUUGCUGGAUGCUUCAGUUUUUACAUUUUGUACAUCGUCAACAUCAUCCACUGGACAUCCCAUUAAAUUCAUUAAAGCUCUUGGAGUUGCAUUUCUGGGAAGUUGUGAUAUGGAGAGUAAGAUCAGGCUCGGUAUGGAUGCUCCCAAAGACCUUAGCGAUAAAGAGGACCAGAUUGUGCAACAAAAUUCAAGACAGGUGAAGCUCUGCCCACUUGCGUGGAUAUACUAUUGGAUCUCAACCACUGCUCUUUUUUCUUUUUUCCUGAGUGCUGAGAGUUACUGGUUUAAAUCAUCAGGGAACUGUAAAUUUGCAACUUAAUUGUGUCUGCCCGAGGACCUGCUCUUAUUUUUGUUCGUUUCACAGUUCCUGGUCAUGCAUAAACCAGUGCACAUUUAUGUAAUGUUUCCUUAUUUUUGUAAUGGCUUGUUGACUGAAUUUUUUUACCUAUCGAAAUGGUGAAAACUAGAAGCCAAGAAAAGAGGAUGGUGUUGCCGGUCCUCAUUAAUCUC